AAUGUAGUGGUGUCGAGUUGGGGACAUCACGUGAAUUGACCCAAGCCAGGCAACCAGCUACCAGAAAACGAAUUUCUUUAAUGGAGAGGUCUGACGAGUCGAAUUACAACUCAAGCACAACGCAUCAUCUAUUUUAUAUCAGCGUCGUAUUUCCAGGAAAAGAAAAAUACAACGACUAAUUUCUCGAAGGAAAGUCAAUUUCAAGAUGUUGUCGAUCCUCCGAAAAGCACGGGUGAAGGAUAAGGAGAUGAGGAUCUUGAUGUUGGGCCUCGACAAUGCAGGCAAAACCACCAUUGUCAAGAGGGUAAUGAACGAGGACGUCAAUACAGUCAGUCCAACGUUGGGAUUUAUCAUCAAAACUAUCGAUUAUGAAGGGUAUAAAUUGAAUAUUUGGGAUGUUGGCGGCCAGAAAACGCUUCGAUCAUAUUGGCGCAAUUACUUUGAGAAGACCGAUGCCCUUAUAUGGGUCGUGGACGCAACGGAUAGGCUGAGAAUCGACGACUGCCGGGAAGAGCUCCAUGGCCUAUUGCAAGAAGAGCGUUUGUCGGGAGCAAGUUUGCUAGUAUUCGCGAAUAAGACCGACGUGCAAGGAUGUAUGGACGAGGCCGAAAUUCUUCAGGGACUGCAACUUGAGGCGAUCCGGACUCACCAGUGGCAUAUCCUGCGGUGUAGUGCCAUGACGGGGCAGAAUCUCAAAGAGGGACUGGCGUGGGUAGUUGAGGAUGCCAAGGCCAGAUUGUUCUUAUAUUGAUAGGCGAGGGUUCUCUUGGUGCAAAGAACAAAAACCCAAGGCACUACUAUGCACUGCGUACGUAGAACAUAGUAGUACUAAUACUGCCUAGUAGGUACUACCUACAUUAUUAUACACAUGUAUAGGUAGGGAGGCACGUAUAAAAUGUAUGUAUUAUACGGAGUCCGAAUGUGAUGGAUUAUUGAAGAUUUUAAGACAUCGAUGAUUAAACUUUAUCACUGGAGGUUGCCGACCUCCGAAUCACGUUACCCGUUACCUAGUACCGCCCAAGUAUAUUUCUUGGAUUAGACAGCGGGAUAAGGAGGAGGCUAGAGACGGGUAAAUUCCCCGCUCGUGUAGGAGACAAAUGAAACUCGUUAUACCCGUGAACAAGGCUUCAAUGUAGAUUUCAAAAUAUCAAUUGAAUUGGUAGUAGAGUUUUAUUCUUA